AUGGGACCCAGCCGCCAAACCGCUACGGGUCAGCUCCAAAGCCGCCGCCAACAGAUCGGUGGAUACUCGUCUUGCCGUGCCCUGCCGUACCCCGUGGGUCUUUAUAACGUCCCGAAGAAGGGUUCGAGGCCCAGACCCGAUUGUGCAGUCUUUCCUGGUCCCGACCAGCAGGUUCCUGGGAAGUGGAUGCGUGCGAGAUAA